AUGGCAAACAACACCCUCGACGAACCAACUAUGUCGACACACACCAACCAAUACAUUCGGGAGGUACUUCACUCUUCCGAAGCUCCUCCUCCUAUCCCCGUUCGCUACUUCUACACCUCACCGCUCGCCAUCGACGAUCCUUUGUCUCCUCUGCCUCCACCAUUGACCGGCUCGUCGAGCACCCGCAGGCAACCACCACGGCCAUUUUCGGAGUACGACAACGAGGCUAUCAACGACACAUGGUUAGAUCUGCGGAAAAAGAUACUGAAGCACAAUGAAGAGGUUGGUGAGAAGCGUAGAUCGGUGGAUGUUCCGGGGACGCCUACAAAUCCGGCCGUCGCACGCUUGAAGAGGAAGAGAGGAGAAUCGGCGUCUGGAGAGGAGGCUUGUCGAGUUACACAGGGGAGGGAUAUCCCUUCGCCCCGACCUUCGAGUAGAGGCCAAUAUUCAAGAUCUGCUGAAGUGUUUCAAGAUGAUCAGCCCGGCUCGUCCCAAGAGGUGGCCCUCUCUACCUCGCUGCGUGUAAUGGAACCUACAGAUAGCUCUACCCUCCUCGAGUCUACCACCACCGGUACCCCAUUUAUCAGAGCUCCUUCGCGCGGGAAUAUCGCUCAAGCGCGGACGUCGGGAUCGGCAGAGGGGAAGAGACGACCAAUACCGCACGAACUGGAUAGCUACAAAUGGGAUGAAGACAUGGAACCUGCGCUCUCAGGAAACAAAGACAAAGGCCCCAUCCGUACUCCCCCAAAAACCAAGCAGGGUCCUUUGGCAAGGGUCCCUGUUGGAGUGUCUCGACUUCACCAUGUCGUUAUGGACGCUGAGUCCAUUCGAAUGGAGCCUAUUUACUGGUCCCCGGUGAGCGAUAUAGCUAAGGUCGUUAGGGGGACUUGGUUCUAUAAAGACACUAUGAUGCCUGUGGAGAUUGAGGUCGCGAACAUGCUUGAAGCUGGGUACCUAGAUCUUCAACCUUGGACGCAGACGUGGACCGAUGAGCUGAAUAGCGCUGUCGAUGUUGGGGCGCUCGGCGAAAUGAAGAUCCUCCACAAGCUCUGGCCUGAUAAAUCAAUGAAGCUGGAGAGUCGGCCUACAACCUCAAGCCAGAUGAACGUUGGCAUGGUCCAAAAUGCCAUGCCUGAAGUUGUAGCUGAUCCAGAGAAGGAGAGACAAGGUAUCGUGGAGAACGCCUGUGACCUUAUCGAUAUCUCAACUGGUGCAGGUGGCCCUGAUAACAAAGCCGCAGGCGAUGCGGAUUACGGUCACCAAGGCCGCAAGAACCUUUAUCGAAAAGCUGGAGUUAUUUACGCCACCGCAAAGGAAGCAUAUCUAUUACGGCCAGCUCUACAGCCGUCGGAUUAUUACGGGAGACGUCCGCUUGCCAACUACAUCCGGAAGGAGAGGCCGAUCGGCAUCUGCGUUACGAGAGGCUUCGAUCAAGGGAUAUGGGACAAGCUUCAUCCUCCUAAGAAGACCCCGAUGGCAAUGAGAGCACGCGAAGGUGUCUCUACAGCUCAAGCCGGAGCCCCACCUUUUGGGAGACAGAAGUCUGAUCCUGCACUCGCUCUCUCCGAACGACCGCAAGUCACUGAUCUUGUGCUGGUAAUUCAUGGCAUCGGUCAGAAGUUGUCGGAGCGUAUCGAGACAUUUCACUUCACUCACGCAAUCAAUGCCUUUAGGAGGGAGGUUAACGUAGAGCUUGGAGAGUCCGAUGUCAAACGCCACCUUCGUAAGGACGUUGGUGGAAUCAUGGUCUUGCCGGUUAAUUGGCGGCUAAGCAUAUCCUUACAAGAUGAUGCUGGUGGAUGCCGGGAAGCAGAAGACCCCGCUGUAAACAAAUAUACUUUGAAGGAUAUUACGCCUGAGACGCUUCCUUCUGUGCGAGGCAUCGUCAGUGAUGUAAUGUUGGAUAUCCCGUACUACCUCUCUCCCGACCACAAUCCAAGAAUGCUGUCAGCCUGUAUUCAAGAGGCGAACCGCAUAUACCGGCUUUGGUGUCUGAAUAAUCCAGGCUUCUCAGAGUGGGGUCGCGUCCAUCUCAUUGCUCACUCUCUCGGAAGCGUCAUGGCGAUAGACAUCUUAAGUCAGCAGCCAAGUCAUGUCCCACCACACCUCGGGGAUCCUUCAUUCCCAGAGGAAGAGAUCCCACAGGACCACUUCAUCUUCAAUACAAAGUCACUCUUCGUAUGUGGAAGCCCAGUCGGUUUCUUUCUGCUCUUGAAGAACGCCGCGCUUCUUCCUCGACGAGAUAAAGAGAAGCCUGGAGCCGACUCAUAUGCUAUGUCGGGCAUAGCGGGCGAGCAAGGCACCUACGGUUGCAUUGCCGUCGACAACAUUUACAACAUUAUUAACCCCUACGAUCCCGUAGCCUACCGCCUGAACGCUGCCGUCGACGUCGUAUACGCGGAAACGCUCAAAACCGCCGUCAUCCCCACCGCCAAUACGUCCUGGCUCGCCUUCUCGAAUCCGUUCCGCAAAACCGUAUCGUCCGCCGAAGCCGCCGUCGGCAUCAAAGCUGCCAACAGUCGCCUCCCGUCGAAUGUUGAACUCGAGACGCACAACUUUACAAGAGAAGAAAUCGCGGAAAAGAGAGCAUACCUCCUGAAUGAUAAUGGACAGAUUGAUUACUUCAUGAAGUAUGGAGGCGGCCCGCUAGAGAUACAGUACCUGACGAUGCUGGGGGCACAUAGUAGUUACUGGCUCAGCAGAGACUUUGUGAGGAUGAUUGUCAUUGAAAUGGGUAGGGGUUUUGGGAAGGAGGGCACUAUCCUCGCGAUGAGGGCGCAGAAGAAGAAAACGAAUGUUGCAUGA